GGGAUAUAAAUGGUUGUGGAUGAAAACCCUUCAUCUUAUUCCCCAGUCCAGAUCCAGUGAGUAGCCAUGAAGACCCUCAUCUUUCUUGCUCUCCUGGGAGCUGCUGUUGCUUUCCCCACUAAUGAUGAUGAUGACAAGAUCGUUGGGGGCUACACCUGUCAAAAGAAUUCCCUCCCCUACCAGGUGUCCCUGAAUGCUGGCUACCACUUCUGCGGUGGCUCCCUCAUCAGUGAUCAGUGGGUGGUGUCCGCAGCUCACUGCUACAAGUCACGAAUCCAGGUGCGUUUGGGAGAACACAACAUUGACGUUCUUGAGGGUGAUGAGCAAUUCAUCAAUUCAGCCAAGGUUAUCCGCCACCCCAAAUACAAUUCAGCCACCAUUGACAACGACAUCAUGCUGAUUAAACUGAGCUCACCAGCCACCAUCAGCUCUCGAGUGUCUACGGUUUCUCUCCCAAGAUCCUGUGCGGCUGCUGGUACUCAGUGCCUCAUCUCUGGCUGGGGAAACACCCUGAGCAGCGGCACCAACUACCCUGAGCUCCUGCAGUGUCUGAAGGCCCCAAUCCUCUCUGCCUCUGUUUGCAGCAAUGCCUACCCAGGACAGAUCACCAGCAACAUGAUCUGUCUGGGAUUCUUGGAGGGUGGAAAGGACUCCUGCCAGGGUGACUCUGGUGGCCCUGUGGUCUGCAAUGGAGAACUCCAGGGAAUUGUCUCCUGGGGCUAUGGCUGUGCUCAGAAAGGCAAACCUGGUGUCUACACCAAGGUCUGCAACUACGUGGACUGGAUUAAGCAGACCAUCGCUGCCAACUAAGCACCUUUGUCUCUUAACGACUCACCUCUUAGCAGUCAACUUCACCUUCAUUCUAUGCCUGAAAGUAAUAUCUAAAUAAAAACAUUUCUGUACCA